AAGAAAAGAAAUAAAAUUCAAAACAACUAAAAGAGCCUCGGUCUCUCCACCACCGCUCCUCCCUUCUCUCUCUCUCUGUCUCUCUCUCAGAAUUUCCAAGAAGCAAAGAAAAGAAAGAAGAAGGAAAAAAAGAGAGGAGAGCAGAAAUCUAGGGUUUUCUGGAUCUCCAGAAUUAGGGUUUUCUCGAUCCGCGAGACGGUGUCGUUUUGGGGUGGAAGACGAUGGAUUCGGUCCCGUCGAACUCGCUUGGGAACCUCGACGAGCAGAUUGCUCAGCUCAUGCAGUGCAAGCCUUUGUCCGAACAAGAGGUAAGGGGGCUCUGUGAAAAGGCUAAGGAGAUAUUGAUGGAAGAAAGCAACGUUCAGCCUGUGAAAAGCCCAGUAACUAUUUGCGGUGAUAUUCACGGACAAUUUCAUGAUCUUGCCGAGCUUUUCCGUAUUGGAGGAAAGUGUCCAGAUACCAAUUAUUUGUUUAUGGGAGAUUAUGUGGAUCGUGGCUAUUAUUCCGUUGAAACCGUAACUCUUUUGGUGGCCUUGAAGGUUCGUUACUCUCAACGUAUAACUAUCCUAAGAGGGAAUCAUGAAAGUCGUCAGAUUACUCAAGUUUAUGGUUUUUAUGACGAGUGCUUACGGAAGUAUGGUAAUGCCAAUGUUUGGAAGACCUUUACUGAUUUAUUUGACUAUUUUCCGCUGACAGCUUUGGUUGAAUCUGAAAUCUUCUGCUUGCACGGUGGACUUUCUCCCUCAAUUGAAACCCUUGAUAACAUACGUAAUUUUGACCGUGUUCAAGAGGUUCCUCAUGAAGGUCCCAUGUGUGAUCUUCUUUGGUCUGACCCGGAUGAUCGCUGUGGCUGGGGUAUCUCUCCCAGAGGUGCUGGAUAUACUUUUGGCCAGGACAUAUCCGAGCAGUUCAAUCAUACCAAUAACUUGAAGUUGAUUGCUAGAGCACACCAGCUGGUCAUGGAAGGUUAUAACUGGGGUCAUGAACAAAAAGUUGUCACCAUAUUCAGUGCACCCAACUACUGUUACCGCUGUGGAAAUAUGGCAUCAAUCCUAGAAGUCGAUGACUGCAAAGGUCACACAUUCAUUCAGUUUGAGCCAGCUCCAAGGAGGGGAGAGCCAGAUGUUACCCGAAGAACACCUGAUUAUUUCCUAUAAUUGAACUGUCAAAUCAGUUGCUGAAUUACCUACUGCUGCCUGCCUGCUAGAAGGUUUAUGUGUUGAGGGUUCUACUAAUUUAAGAUAUAACUUCACGAUAGUGGUGGUCGAUUGGAGAAAAUCAUGUAAGAUUGGUAAGUGAGGCUUCCGUGAGUUGUGUUCAAGUUUCACCUAAGGAAGCAGCAGAGGUGGCGACACUGUUGCAGCAUAUGUAUCAUUUCCAGCAAACAAUGUGGCAUCUACUGUUUCGGAUUUUUCAUUCCUUUCCUUCUUUCUACUUUUUUUUUUUUUUUUUUUUUUCUGUAUUAGGAUGGUUUUUUGGGGGUCUGUAGAGGGACGAUGAGCUCACUUCAUAUAAUGGGUGCUUUUAUAAUUUUCCCCUUGGUACGAAUGAAUGCUACAUGUUAUCCAAUAGGUUCAUUUUAUUUUGAUUA